CAGCAAUAGCCCGAGAUUGCAGCGGAUACAAUAGCAAGAUGCCCAAUGGCCCAACCACUCGACGACAGCACCACAAGGUGACGAUAUCAAAUACCCAUGGCAUCCAAAUUCAUGUGCGGAUGGACCACGAACAGCCAGAUGUUGGCAAGCGUGUCAAGAAGCCCGCCAAGAAGCAGCCUCAACCCCUCGACAACUUUGCUGCAGCGUUUGCAGCCAAGUCUAUGGAGGAGCGGAUUCAAGCCCAUAAGAAAAGCAUGUUGCUUGCGUUUGAAUCCAUUGAACUGAAGCGACCAAAGUCCAUCCAACCAUUGUGCCGCAGUGUGCCCAAGACUGUGCAUUUCACAUCCUUUGACCCAGACCCACCAGCAAUACCAGCGUUCGACCUAGACGACUAUGUGAAGUACAUGGAAGUGGAGCAAUCCGAUGACAGAGAUCCGCCGCCACCGCUGCAGCGGCAAACCUACCAACCGCCAGCAUCUUCGUCACCGAAAAAGAAUGUCAAAUUGAAGCGCUUAGGUCGUCCGCAGUCCGCCACACUUUUCAGAGACAGCGCUCGAAUAGCGUCUCGACUUCGCCGGGAGAUCCAUCAAGCACGAAGUUCCGACAGCUUGACUACUUUGGCACCAGCACAACGAGUUCGAAGGCCACAAACGGCCAAGGACCGGCCGUUAACACAUACCGGAACGGUCGAGCUCGAGCUCGAACGACUAUUGGGAACGUAUCAGUCCAAGUUUCACCCUCAAAUCAUGCUUCGCCUCGACAAGCCUUGGGCUCGCCCUUGUGUUCACCCCACAGCAUUGCCCAACACUCUAGACGAUGACGACGGUCUACCCCAAUUUAGUCUGGAUUUCCAAGGCGUGGACUUGAACGGCGGCGGCAUCCCCGGGUUUGAAGUCGACCGGGCGUCUGCGAUAUCGUUGACGUGGUUCAUUCCGCACAUUUUGCUGUCGAUCGAUCUGUCGUUUGCGAAUCUGACAGACGUGGGGUGCUAUCCCAUUGCCACCCAGCUGAUCCAAGAGCCUAGUAUCACUGCGCUCAACAUUGGCGGGAACCCUCUUACGUUGGUGGGAGUCGAAGUACUGCUGGAAGCAAUCAAAUGCCGCGCUCUGUUUCAUGCGAUCAAUGGCGCAUUGCCUGCCGUGAGCGCGCUGUACAUGCAUGACAUGCCCUCUGUAGACGUUUCUUUUGUGAUGAAACUAGUCGAGUUGGCCGAUCUGACGCUGACGUUGUCAAGGGAUGCCACGGUCGUUGCUGUCGCCCACGAGCAACUUGUUCUGGAACUGUCUGACGAGAGAUGGACACCACCUCCACUUGCAGACACUACGGCGUCGGCCAUACAGAAAGCGACUGCCAACGACCUGAAGAACGCGCCGCUCGAGGACGAGGUCAAGUCGUGGGAUAGAUCCUUGGACAGCCCAGAUACGACCAGUAGUCGACCAACCAAGAUGCUAUUAAAGGCAUCGCGAUUGCAAACAGCCACGAGCUCAGCAACGCGACGAGAUGGACCUGUUCGUCGCACUGCCAACGUCAAGAGUGUUUCAAACCCACAGCAACUUGCAAAGCAACGGGAGAAAAUUCGACGCGCCACUCAGAUCGCUGUCGAGGUCACACUCAACAAGUCGACAAAGACAUUAAAAGGGCAAACUCCACCGACCAAACGAGCGGUUGCAGCCGCGGCAUCCUCGAAAACAAAACGACGGAGCUCAUCAAAUGCGUCCAAGUCCCCAGCAUCUCUAGCUCGUCCCCUCUCGGAACGGGAACAACCUGUGACACAGGACAAUAGUAGUGUGACCAACAAGUCUCACGUUGAAACGGCUACCUCGCCAGUCGUUGUCGACCAUUCAUUCCCGCCGGUAGUGCUGUUACCUCAAACAGGGGAAGCCAGUGUUUUCAAGAAGAAUAAGACCAGUCCAAGGGUGGGAUCGAACGACGGAGGCGAUGCAUUGGCUACGAUGGCCAAGUGUGUGGUGAAUGAUGUUCUGAGAGUCAUCUUGACCAGGCCUGAACACUCCGAUCUAUUGGCCGGCCGCGGUCGAUCAGUAGUUCCAACUCAAGGGGGGGGCCAGCAGGCCUUCACAUCGUUGCUAGUCCACCCCCUCCACGCCACCCCAUGCCAUUUGUCUUACCCCACUACAAUUCCACCAGUAGUGCCAUUGAACCAAGAAGGGGAAGUGGUGACGUUUGCUCAGCACCUUGUCAUGCACAUCUUACGUGACGCCAUCUUUCACAUUUGUCAACCAAACUCAACAUCACGGGACGUGUCGUCCGUGCAAGUGUUGGCACAGGAAGUGUCGGCAACUGCGAUCAAACAGGGCCUGCAGUUGUUGAAGAUCAUACCGCUCCAAGACUAACGAGUAUAACCACGAAUUCGCUCCACUUAGUCUAUAUUGUAGUACCGUAGAAACGGAAAUAAUAUAAGGUCAACUUCGCAA